AGGUCACAGUAUCAGCUCCCUCGCUCCUCCAACAGCAACCGAUGACCUCUGAUCAGUGAGGGCUUCAACUUCAGCGACUUGGAACACACCUUGCGUUAUCUACGAUUGCACCAACCAUCUAUCACCGUCCGUCCGCGUGGAUGCCUCUACUGCCUCAACGUACCACUCCCAGCUACACAAACGGGCGUUGAUACUUGACGCCCAGCUUCCACCUCCAAGGCUCUCCCCUGUCGUCAUGACCACUCUACUAUCGUCGCCCAUUGGGGCGCCCAUACGUCUCGACAACAUCUUUCAGCAACCGUCGUCCCCAACGCGCAAAUACGACGACCUACCUGCGGAGUUCGGCGACAGAUCGUUUGGAUCGUCUAUGAGCUUGAGCUCGUCGUUUGAUCUCGGCAGAUACACCAAUGAGCGGAACAGUAACACUCAUCAGUCCGUGUCACCAUCGAACUCGUUCGCAUCUCACAUGCGUAUGGCGGUCUCCUCCAACUCGGCCAAAGCCGGACCAUCCUCUGCAUUCUUGGGCCAUGCUCGCCCCGAGAAGCAUCAUCAUCAAAGCCUCGGCGAAGCCAUGGGCACAGAGCUCCACAGCCGCUCUCCAAACCUCGGUAUGAAGCUCACCUCUCCACAUCGUAUGGAGGUUGAUACCUCAAUCGAGGUUCCUGAUCUCCCCCACAAGCGUAGUGCCAUUCUCAGAUCCGCACGGCAGCAGGGUAGCGGUCUCAAUGACCAGCGCAACAUUCGCGAGGAGACUGUUCGAAAUCCGCGCAGCAGGCGCUCAUCACCAACUUCGUCGGCAUCCAAGCCAAACUCACCAGCGCCACUUGCAGCACAGCGCACAAGUCCGGCGGGCCUGCAGGCACCUGCGGCGCCGGGCAGUGCCGGAGGCUCUCUGGGUCGUAUGUUUGGUAUGGAGCUCCGCCUCAACAGUGGGGAAGAUGAGAGCGCCCUCAACAGCAGUCCAGACAAGGAACCUCCCACGAAGCGAAGGCCCUCAUCUCUGCCUCUGGGCGGCGGCGACCACCACACACGCCCAAGCAUGCGCAGCGCUGGCCUGAUGCCCUCGUCUACAGCUCGCCCGAGCAUGAUCAAGCACCAAAGUUUGAACACGUCAUCCGGUGUGGUCCCGCGUAAGCGCGGCAGCAUGGAAGUACUCGGCCAGACUAGAUCCAUCUCCGACGCCAAUGCCGCCCAAAUCGAGCCACGCUUGGCACGCACGCGAGCUCACUCUGCAGAGCUGCAAGUUACGAAGAGUACCAGGGCACCGAUCUCCCACGCGACCAUCAUCGAGUCACCAUCACCCUCCACCAUUGCGCACGAAGGGCUAGGUUCCUACUUCUUCGAUCCAAGCUCUCCUGAGCAUCUCGCCAACGUGAAGGGCAACGCACCGGCAGCGAAGCUCAGAGCCAGUCCAAAGCUGGAAGAACCCCCAAUGACCGCCCGACCAACGCUUCGGCCUGGACUUGGCGAUCGACUGUUCGAAAGGACGGCGACCUCAGCAGAAAUGCCGACCUUUGCCCGUGCGAUGGAUAGUGAUGCUGCCACUGGCCCAUCCGGGCGAUCAAGGUCUUCCCUGGGCAAGCGUGCCAAUCCGUAUUCCAAGCGACCGUCUCUGGCACCCCUUGCAGCCGCGCGCGACAGCCAGAUGGACGGCGGGUUGCGAACCGCCUAUCCUACCCUUGGUGGUCAAGCACGUCUCACGGCGCCAGCCCCUCGUCGCUGUCACUCAGCUUUGGACAAUACCAAGGUGUUUGCAAGCGCUGCGACCUUGCGACCGACGAUGAUGAAACCAAGUGACAUGGCAUCGCCGGACGCUGAAAGAAGUCUGAGCUUCCCAGAGGAAUUCGACGUCAACGGCUCUCCUGUUGCUCAUAGCGCGCGACCACGCUCGAGACCUGCCUUUCUACGUCGCACCAGCAAAGAUGACGCCUCGCCGCUCGGGUACGGUAGCAAGCGCAGUGGAUCAAAUGGUGACCAUGGUUUCUCGAUGCAACAGUCGCCGAUGGCCGUCAGCUCGCCCAAGUACGGCGCAGAGUGCAUGCCAGGCUUCGGUGCCUCUGAAAUGGAAGGAAAGAUCUUGCCGUGCCAUACAUCGAAAGACGACGGCCUCAUGCGCAUUUCAUCGGAUACCCUUGCUGAUCUCCAAUCCGGCAAGUACGCCACUCAUAUCAAGGAGCAUUUCGUCAUUGAUUGCCGAUUUGGGUACGAAUUUGAUGGCGGCCACGUUGGAGGAGCCAUCAACUUGAGCACAAUUGAAAAGGUCAAAGCAUACUUCUUGACGCCCGGACAAGGUCUGCACGCGGAUCGUCCGAUGCCUCCACGCUCUCAAAGUGGCGCAUCAAGUGGCACUCAGCCCGACAAGACUGUGCUGAUCUUCCACUGCGAAUUCUCAGCAAAGCGUGCCCCAUCGCUCGCACUGGCACUGAGGCACGCUGACCGCGCGCUGCGACACGACUAUCCGUCGUGCCACUUUCCCGAGCUCUACGUGCUGGAAGGUGGUUACUGCGGAUUCUUCAAAGAGCACCCCUUGCUUUGUGAGCCCGUCGCCUACGUCGAGAUGGACGAUCCUGCCUAUUCUGAACAGCGCUCUUCAGAGAUAUGUGGAUUUCGAAAGCAAUUCGCCCCAAAACAACCGUUCAACCGCCACCGCAGCUUCACUUUUGGAGAGCGCAGCUCGUCUGCGGGUGGAGCGCCUGUUCGCAGCCUGGCCAACGGUCUGGCCCACUCGAUUCGAGAAGAGGACACCUCCUGUGACGAUUCUCCUAGCGCAGCCGUGGCCGGCGGUGUUCAUGCUCGCAAGAAGCUCAUGCAACCUGCAAAGGAUCGCGCUCGCGGUGGAGAGCGAGCAGCUCUCAGUCCCGGUGCAGGAGACAUGAGCCUCUGCAGCUCGGUGGGCGACUCGUCUUUCGAAGGAGGACCGAGCGAUAGCCCAUGCGCAGCAGUGCCUGCUCGCCGGCCUGCCGUUGCGGGUGGCGCUUUGCCCAAGGUGCGGCUUGGCGCCCCACGACCCUUGCAACGAGCCAGUACGGCCUCCAACGUUCUUGGCCGGUAGAUCGCUGCUCCUUCUUCUCGAUGCUCGAUAUAAGUCUCAGUGUUCUCGUCACGUCCGUUUGCAUCACGUCUCGGUUUUCUAAGCAUCUCACACCUCGCUCAAGACUCUGCAAAAAAUUUUCGGAACA